AUGCUGUCGGAAUCGAGACAGGAAUGCGCCAACGAGUUCGAGAGAUGGAAGAGACGUGGCGAGCAUUUGAAUCAUGCUACCCCGAAUCAGCAUCGCCAUAAUCUAUGUCGCGGCAAGGCGCUCCUGUAUUCCGAGGCGAAGCUUUUCCUUGGAGUUCUGUUUAUGAAGAAGCACAACUCGUUGUCUGCGUACGUGUUUGAUUGCUUGAAAACCAGCAACGCAUCAGCGGUCGGAGAUGUGGGAGUUCAUGAUAUCUCCGUGUUUGCGCGAGCCGUUGGGCCAGCAAUCGUCUUUCCUCGCUCACACGCCAUUGAGCGAAACGGAGAAAAGUUCUGGAAGCUCGAUUUUCAAGUGCGAGAGAGUGGGAAGUACAUGGUAGAGGUGAAGGCGCGUUGGAUCCUGAAGCCGAGAGGGUCUGUGUACCUGGGAGGAACCGAGCGGAGGACUUGCGACUACUGCGAGAUCCCCAGGCUCCUCCCACACUGCGAGAACACGUCUAACGUGUUUGCGUCACCGCAGCCGUUUGAGUUUUCUACCGAGCGACUCAGGUUGACGUCCCUGCCUCUCUCCUUCUCGCCCAGCAGCCCCUCUGCUGAGAGCUCAGAGGGCGAGCCAGGGCGAUGGAUCAACUUCCGCCAUGCCUGCUCGCCCACCAGAUGCCACGACCCGGAGCUCUUCACGGGCAACCCUCUCGCGCUGAGCAGAGAGGACACGAAGAUGGAGCAGAUCUUGCCGGCUGCCAAUCAAACCAGCCGAUGGUUCUUUCAGCCAUCGUCGUCACGACAUCACAUGUAUGACUCGCAGGAGAUACAAGAAUGCCUCUCCAAGAUCGGGGCGGAGGGCUCCAAGAGCGUCUUCGUGCUCGGGGAUUCACAAGCAAGGGUCGUGUGGGGUUCGCUGUCCUACCUGGCGGGGCUGGGGGACGUGACGCCUUCAUACCUGAAGAGUGUCAAAGAGUACUUCAAGGAGAAGAGAACCAACGGCAUGAUCACUCGGGUAGUUGAAGGCUCGGGCAAGGCAGGGGGGACGCGGCAGUACACGUUCAGGUACAUCCAGGAAUGGACUGAAGCAGGCAGCCAGUGGUGGGACGGGGUAGCGGAGAAGGCGGGGCUGUCGACUUGCAACGUGUCUGUGAUGAUCUACAAUGCAGGGUUUGCUCACAAGUCUGGCCGGGUGAAAGACUUCCUUGCCUGGUGGGAGAAGAGAUUCGCAGGUCGCAGCUGCAAAGAGCCCGCAAAGUACUACCUGUCAUCAGUAGCGCUGCAAGGUCAGAGGAACCAAGGAUGGGACGUGGGGGCUUUCAGGGAGAAGGACGGAGAGUACAGGAGGCUGUUCCAGCAGGCUGGUUGGCAGGUGAUAGACGCAUGGGAGCCGACUCAAAGCGUUGGAGUGGACACGACAGGGGAGGGAGGAGCAGACGGGUUUCACUUUGCGAUGGCUCCGACUAUGAACAUGGUUGCGAUGAUCUUCUACAACAUGCUGUGUAACGCUCGAGCUGAGAGCCGAUAG